AGAGUGAGCUCAGUGUUAUUUAGCCUGGUGUGUUCGCAGAGUGAGGUCAGUGUUAUUUAGCCUGGUGUGAUAGUUAGCAGAGUGAGCUCAGUGUUAUUUAGCCUGGUGUGAUAGUUAGCAGAGUGAGCUCAGUGUUAUUUAGCCUGGUGUGAUAGUUAGCAGAGUGAGGUCAGUGUUAUUUAGCCUGGUGUGUUCGCAGAGUGAGCUCAGUGUUAUUUAGCCUGGUGUGAUAGUUAGCAGAGUGAGCUCAGUGUUAUUUAGCCUGGUGUGAUAGUUAGCAGAGUGAGCUCAGUGUUAUUUAGCCUGGUGUGAUAGUUAGCAGAGUGAGGUCAGUGUUAUUUAGCCUGGUGUGAUAGUUAGCAGAGUGAGCUCAGUGUUAUUUAGCCUGGUGUGAUAGUUAGCAGAGUGAGCUCAGUGUUAUUUAGCCUGGUGUGAUAGUUAGCAGAGUGAGGUCAGUGUUAUUUAGCCAGGUGUGAUAGUUAGCAGAGUGAGCUCAGUGUUAUUUAGCCUGGUGUGAUAGUUAGCAGAGUGAGCUCAGUGUUAUUUAGCCUGGUGUGUUGCAGAGUGAGGUCAGUGUUAUUUAGCCUGGUGUGAUAGUUAGCAGAGUGAGCUCAGUGUUAUUUAGCCUGGUGUGAUAGUUAGCAGAGUGAGCUCAGUGUUAUUUAGCCUGGUGUGAUAGUUAGCAGAGUGAGCUCAGUGUUAUUUAGCCUGGUGUGUUCGCAGAGUGAGGUCAGUGUUAUUUAGCCUGGUGUGAUAGUUAGCAGAGUGAGGUCAGUGUUAUUUAGCCUGGUGUGAUAGUUAGCAGAGUGAGGUCAGUGUUAUUUAGCCUGGUGUGAUAGUUAGCAGAGUGAGCUCAGUGUUAUUUAGCCUGGUGUGAUAGUUAGCAGAGUGAGGUCAGUGUUAUUUAGCCUGGUGUGAUAGUUAGCAGAGUGAGGUCAGUGUUAUUUAGCCUGGUGUGAUAGAUAGCAGAGUAAGGUCAGUGUUAUUUAGGAUCUGUUCAGGGGAAGUGCUGCUAAUUUUAAAUUCUCUGCAAGUGCAGAAAACCCAACACCCUGACCUACUAGGUAUUAUUAGCAGCCUGGUAAGGGUAAGGGUCUAGAUUGUUUAUGUGAGUGUGUGUGUGUGAGAGAGAGAGAGAAAGAGAUGAGGUGUUGUGUUCAGGCAGUAGAAAGAAAACAGUCAGAGAGGAAUGGAGCAAACACAGCCUUCUCUGCCAGUGGGGUGGGAGGAGAGGUGGCAGAGAGAUAAGGAGAAGCGGAGGAGUGCGAUGGAGGAGGGGGGGAGGAGAAUAGAGGAGGAAGAGAGGAAGCUGAGGUGGAUAGUGGCGUAUAACAGCCGUAGGAUGGGAGCAAAGGUGAGGAGUGAGGAAGACCAGGAUAGCGAGGAAGAUGAGGAUGAUGAAGAGCAGCCAUACCACAGGCACAGCCACCCCAGCGAGCUCUUCCUCUCCCUGGAGGCGCUGCAGGGCUCCGCCCUCCUCACUGACCUCACCCUGAGCACCGCAGCGGGGGGGGCACUGCACACGCACUCCCCCGUCAUGGCCUCCGUCUCCACGCUCAUCCGGCAGAGUCUACAGGAACGGGACAAAGAGGGAGAGGCCACAGCUCACACACAGCUCCCACACACACACACACACACACAGCGCCCACACCUGCACACACACACACAGCUCCCACACACACACACACACACACAGCUCCCACACACAGAGCUCUCCGUUUGUCUCAGUGGGGAUGUGGAGCAGGAAGGGCUGGCCGCGGUCGUCGAGUUUGCCUACACCGGCGCCAUCGCUGGGCUGAACCCCUGCUCCGCUUCACGGGUUCGAGCAGCCGCCGUUGCUUUGGGUGCCCACAGAGUCCUGCAGCUGUGCACUGAGGAAGAGGAGGAGGGGCCGGAGGGAGGAGGGAGGGAGGACGAGAGGAAGAGGAGGGUGUUGGAGGUGAGCCUGGACUGCAUCAGGCAGCUGUGGGUGGAGCAGGUGGGCUGUGAUGUGGAGCUACAGGUGGAGGGCAAGACAUUCCCUGCCCACAGGGUGCUCCUGGCGGCCUGCAGUGAGUACUUCCGGGGCAUGUUCUGCAGUGGGAUGAGGGAGUCCCGGCAGGACCAGGUGGAGCUACGGGCCCUGGAGGGGGCGGGGUUUGGGGAGCUGCUGAGCUGCUGCUACACGGGGCAGCUAUGCCUGGGGUGGGACAGCGUAUUUGAGAAGGCCUUCACAGCCCUGCAGCUGCAGCUGCGCCCGGCGCUGCCGCUCUGUCUGCACUUCCUGCGCAGUCACCUGGACGCCCGCUCAUGCCUGGACGUGGCCGCCUUCGCCGAGGCUUAUGGGAUACAUGACCUGCAGGAGGAGGCCGAUGACUUCCUCCUCAGCCGGUUCCAGGAAGUAGCGGUCACGCCCAAGUUCCUGGACCUCCCGGUGGACCGUGUGCUGGCGGUGCUGGGCAGCGAUGCGCUCUGCACUCCUUCGGAGCUGACCGUGUUCCGCGCCGCGGUUGCCUGGCUGCAGGCUGACCCCGCCCGCCUGGCCCGGGCCGCAGAGGUGAUGGCCGCCGUCCGCUUCCCGCUCAUGACCUUCCGGGAGUUCCGAGAGGUGCGGGCCGUGGAGCUGCAGAUAGAGGUGGGCGGGGCCAGCGGGUCAGAGGGGGUGGAGCUCUACGGAGCCUCGUUCUCCAGGUUUGGGUUCACAUCCUCAGAUUCACGGGAGGUUUGCAGGGUGAGGUGUCCCAGGCAGACUCUGGUCCUGGUUGGGGGGGACUGGCUGGACCCCGAUUCGGGCCAGAGGCGGCCCAGCCGGCAGCUGUGGUUUGCCCACGCCCUGCGCAAUCACAUCGGCCUGGUCAAGGACGUGGAAUGGAGGCUUCUGGGAGAAAUGCCCGACCCGCCCCGGUUUCGGCAUGGCCUGGGGGUUCUAGGGGGCCAGCUGUAUGUGUUCGGAGGCUGCCACUUCUAUGCCAAGUCUGACACCCUAAAAUCUGCCUACAGGUACAACCCUGUGCAGGACAGGUGGCAGAGACUUGCUGACAUGCAGGAGAACAGGAGCAACUUCUCAUUGGUGGAGAGAGAGGGGCGUUUCUAUGCCAUUGGAGGGGACAGAGACAUCAACAACAACAUGGACAGUGUGGCCUGCUACUGCCCCAACACUGACUGCUGGAGUCUGGCUCACCCUCUGGAUGCGCCCCUGAGUGGCCAUGCGGCGGCGCUGUGGGGGGGAGAGAUCUUCGUUUCGGGGGGGUUUAACUGCAGGUACCAGUGCCUGGUGUCCAUGUUCUUGUACCACCCGGAGAGGGGCAGCACCUACCUGAGGGACAUGGCGGGUGAUCGCGCCCUGCACUGCAUGGAGAGCCUGGGGGGGCGCCUGUACGUGGCGGGGGGGCUGUGCAACCUGCGCAGCUACUACACCGACCAGCUGGCGUGUGAGGCGUACGACCCACGCGGUGACAGCUGGACCACGCUGGCACCCCUGCCUGUCCCCCACGCGGGCGCAGGCUGCGCUGUGCUGGAGGGCAGGCUCUACCUGCUGGGCGGGUACUGCCAGGACGACCACAGCGACUCCCAGCUGGUGCACAGGUACUACCCCCCCUCCCAGACCUGGGAGAGCAUGGGGCGCAUGCCUGUGCCUAACACUGACAUACGAGCCUGCCUGUGCACCCUGCCCCCCCAUUUACGCCACUGACACCCCAACACUGCUGAACCCCCUUUACCACACUGACACCCCAACACUGCUGAACCCCCUUUAACACAUUGACACCCCAACACUGCUGAACCCCCUUUACCACACUGACACCCCAACACUGCUGGACCCCCUUUACCACACUGACACCCCAACACUGCAGUACCCCCUUUACCACACUGACACCCCAACACUGCUGAAACCCCUUUAACACACUGACACCCCAACACUGCUGAACCCCCUUUACCACACUGACACCCCAACACUGCUGAACCCCCUUUACCACACUGACACCCCAACACUGCAGUACCCCCUUUACCACACUGACACCCCAACACUGCUGAACCCCCUUUACCACACUGACACCCCAACACUGCUGAACCCCCUUUACCACACUGACACCCCAACACUGCUGAACCCCCUUUACCACACUGACACCCCAACACUGCAGUACCCCCUUUACCACACUGACACCCCAACACUGCUGAACCCCCUUUACCACACUGACACCCCAACACUGCAGUACCCCCUUUACCACACUGACACCCCAACACUGCUGAACCCCCUUUACCACACUGACACCCCAACACUGCAGUACCCCCUUUACCACACUGACACCCCAACACCGCUGAACCCCCCUGAAUGCCCCCUACACAGGGCAUGAUCAGUCACCCAAUGCCCCCUACACAGGGCAUGAUCAUUCACCCAAUGCCCCCUACGCAGGGCAUGAUCAGUCACCCAAUGCCCCCUACGCAGGGCAUGAUCAGUCACCCAAUGCCCCCUACGCAGGGCAUGAUCAGUCACCCAAUGCCCCCUACGCAGGGCAUGAUCAGUCACCCAAUGCCCCCUACACGGGGCAGGAUCAG